UCUCAGACGGUGAAGUGUACGACCCUCUAACAGUGACGAAUUAAUGAAAAUGUGAAAGUGUUUUAAUCAAUUUGUUUAGAUAUUAAGAUUGUGUUCAUUUGAUUGUAAAGUAUUCUUUGAUGAGAGUGACGCCCACAGAGGCUUGUAGUGUUAUGAUGUGAGUGUCUUCAUGUAAUUUUAGUAAUUGCCGACGCGGUCUUCAAAAUGGCAUCAGACUCCGUGGAGGAGUUCAUGAAUAGCGCCCUUGUAACAUGGGUGCGGACGUUCGAGAGCGACGGAGGCGGCGGCUUGACGUACGCGGCUCUGGCUGACGGCGUCUUCCUGUAUGAUGUGAUGCUCCACAUAGACCCGCGUGACGGUGGUGGUCGACAUGUGAACCGUCACCCUACAGACGCUGCCUCCCGACUCGCUAACCUUGCUGCUCUCCUCAACCACAUCAAGACCUUCUAUCAGGUGACCUCCAACACAUCUAAGGUGACCUCCAACACAUCUCAGGUGACCUCCAACACAUCUCAGGUGACCUCCAACACAUCUAAGGUGACCUCCAACACAUCUAAGGUGACCUCCAACACAUCUAAGGUGACCUCCAACACAUCUCAGGUGACCUCCAACACAUCUCAGGUGACUUCCAACACAUCUCAGGUGACUUCCAACACAUCCCAGGUGACCUCCAACUAA